AUGGCGGGAGUACCUCAGUUUGCAUCCUUGUACGUGGGUGACCUACACCCGGAUGUCACUGAGGCCAUGCUCUACGAGAUCUUUAACUCUGUUGGACCUGUUGCGUCCAUUCGUGUGUGCCGCGACAGCGUCUCCCGCAAGUCUCUUGGUUAUGGUUACGUCAACUUCCACAGCGUCUCAGAUGCUGAGCGUGCUCUGGACACGCUGAACUACUCAAGCAUCAAGGGCCGGGCAUGCCGCAUCAUGUGGUCCCAGCGCGACCCUAGCCUUCGCAAGAGUGGCCUUGGCAAUGUUUUCGUCCGAAACCUGGAUCGGAACAUCGACAACAAGGCCUUGUACGAUACCUUCAGCCUCUUCGGGAACAUUCUCUCGUGCAAGGUUUGCACUUCGCCAGAAGGCAAGUCCCGCGGAUACGGUUUUGUGCACUACGAGACCGAAGAGGCGGCCAAGCAGGCCAUCGAGCGUGUCGAUGGCAUGCAAAUCGGAGAAAAGACGGUGGGUGUGACCGGCUUCAUCAAGCGUCAAGAACGUGAUAAGCCAGCAAUGAACACCUUCACCAAUAUCUACAUCAAGAAUUUCCCCAACGAGUGGGACGAGGACAAGCUUAAGGCUGAGUUCGCACCUCACGGAAACAUUACGUCGUCUCACGUGACCACCGACCCCAAGGGGCGAAAGUCCGCGUUCAUCAACUAUGAGACUCACGAGGAAGCCGUGCAGGCGAUCAAUGCUAUGCAUCAAAAAGACUUCCGUUCGGAUGAGCAAAAGGAAGCUGACAAGGAAAAGGAGGAGGAAGAGAAGGAUCGCACAGAGAAGAGCUACUUGCUCUACGUCGCCCGCGCGCAGUCCAAAUCCGAGCGCCUCAUGGAGCUGAAGGAGAAGAUGCCACCCAAGGAAGCGCCCGGAGGCCCAUCCCGGUCGCAGGGCGUGAACCUCUACAUCAAGAACUUGGACGAGGCAACGGAUGAUGACUCCUUGAGGGCCCUCUUCGAACCUUUUGGGAACAUCACGUCCGUCUGCUCCAUGAAGGAACCCAACGGCAAGUGCAAGGGCUUCGGCUUCGUCUGCUUCUCAACCCCAGACGAAGCCACGAAAGCAGUGACAGAGAUGCACCUAAAGGUAGUCAAGGGGAAGCCCCUGUACGUGGGCCUGGCCGAAAAGCGUGAUGUGCGUGCUGAGCGAUUGCGUCAACGCUAUUCCCCUGGUGGUAUGGGCAAGGGCAUGGGAGGAAAAGGGAAGGGCGGAAAAGGCGGCAUGGGCAUGGGUGGCAUGGGCAUGGGUGGCAACCAGAUGUAUGGCAACCCGAUGGGGGGUAUGCCCAUGGGAGGCCCGCCAAUGAUGGGCAUGGGUGGCAUGGGCAAGGGGAACAUGAUGGGCCAGGGAGGCCCGAAUCCUGGAAUGAUGGGUCAGAAGGGCAAGGGCAUGCCAAACAUGCCGAUGAACCCGCAGAUGAUGGGCAUGGGUGCUAUGGGCAAGGGCAUGCCUGGCGCUAUGGGCAUGCCUGGUGCUAUGGGCAAGGGAGGUAUGCCGAUGCCAAUGGGCCCCAUGGGCCCAAUGGGGCCAAUGGGAAUGAUGCGACCGACGAUGCCUCAAAUGCCGAUGAUGCGCCCAGGCAUGCCCCCGAUGCCGCAGCCGGCUCAGCAGACUCCAGCACCUGCCGCCAACAACCCAGGAUCUGGGCAGCAACUGACAGCAGCAGCCCUUGCUGCGGCUCCGCCACCAGUGCAGAAACAAAUGAUCGGUGAGCGGCUUUUCCCGGCCAUCUCCAAGUUCCAGCCCGAGCUGGCGGGCAAGAUCACAGGCAUGAUGCUCGAGAUGGACAACUCUGAGUUGUUGAUCCUGUUGGACAGCCCGCCCCAGCUCAAGGCGAAGGUGGAUGAAGCAAUGCGUGUCCUCGAACAAGCCAAGUAG